CUCGCAGUGUGCCUUUAUUUUUUUGCACUAGCUGGCCCUGCAGAUUAGACGGUUUCGUUGUGAAAUAGUCAGCGGUUUCCAUCCCGAGAGAAAGCGUUGCACAGGUCCUGGCAUGGCUGCUUCCUCUCAGCGGGUGCUGGUGUUCCCCUCCUCCUCGGAGCUGGGUCCGGCGCUGGCCCGGUUCAUUGCGGCGCGGGCGCAGGAGAGCUGUGGUUCUGGGAGAGCCCGCUUCACGCUGGGUCUCUCUGGAGGGAGCCUGAUCUCCAUGCUGUCCCGGGACCUGCCUGCUGUGCCAGGCUUGGACUGCAGGAAGUGGCUGCUGGGCUUCUGUGACGAGAGACUGGUCCCUUUCCAGGACCCAGAGAGCAGCUACGGACUCUACAAGACAAACCUGCUGUCGAAGAUCUCCGUUCCAGAGAGCCAGGUGCUGGCAAUUAACCCCUCGCUGCCUGUCGAGGAGGCCGCGGAAGAUUACGCCACGAAACUCCGAGAGGCGUUCCCAGGUGAGGAGAUCCCGGUGUUUGAUUUGCUGCUGUUGGGCAUGGGGCCGGACGGACACACGUGCUCACUCUUCCCAGAGCACCCCCUGCUGGAGGAGAGUGAGAAGUUGGUGGCUGCUCUGAAAGACUCCCCCAAACCUCCCCCCCAGCGAGUCACCCUGACCCUGCCAGUCCUCAACGCAGCGCGCUGUGUCGCCUUCGUGACCACCGGGGGCAGUAAAGCAGCUGUGCUCAAGCGAGUACUAGAAGGGAAGGAGGCCCCUGCUUUGCCUGCCGCUCGAGUUCUCCCCUCCCCUGGAGAGCUGCUGUGGUUCCUGGACGAGCCGGCUGCAGGGAGCCUGUCCCUGAGUGUGGAGAGACCAACUUGUGCUGCAGCACUGUGACCAGCAGAGGGCACUGUGACGACUACGGAGCUGCACACUGCUCACAUUCCACUGGCAGGGGGCGCUGUCGAACCCAGACAUUUCAAAACCGAUUCUUUGUGCAGUGAGUGGAUGUGAAGAUCUGUUUUACUAGAUUGAGCGUGUGAUUCAGUUUUAACAGACUAGGACCAAGACAGGAGUCUGCGCUACAGUAUGAACAAAAUGAGUGUGAACUGGUGCAGAAUACAGUGUGUAAUUAGUAAUAAACACAUUGCUGAAUA